UCCUCCGGUAGUCCGAGCGGGAAGUUCAGAAAGAUGGCUGCCUCUUUGAAAUAAUAUUCAUAUUUUCUGCUGCUCAUUCAACACAGAAGGCACUUUAGAGGAACUGUAACCGGCUAGUUUGUAUCCACUGACUUCUAUCGGGUCUCAGGCUCUUCUCGUGUAGUUUUAUCGAUAAGUGAAGCCAUCUUAGCCUCUUUUUCAGUGACUGAGGAACAUCUCGGCAGUCAUGUCCAGUGAGGAGACGAGCAGCUCUGCGUCCAGGUGCUUCGGACAGCUUACCUACACAGCUGAGGAGUACCAGGCGGUGCAAGAUGCUCUGCGACAGAAGCUGGGACCAGAGUACAUCAGCACUAGAAUGGCCGGAGGAGGACAGAAGGUAUGCUACAUUGAAGGCCAUCGUGUCAUCAGCUUGGCCAAUGAGAUGUUUGGAUACAAUGGAUGGUCUCACUCCAUUUCCCAGCAGAACGUUGAUUUCGUAGACCUCAUCAACGGGAAGUUUUACGUCGGUGUCAGCGCAUUUGUUAAAGUGCAGCUCAAGGAUGGAUCGUUUCAUGAGGAUGUUGGCUAUGGAGUCAGCGAAGGACUAAAGUCGAAAGCUCUGUCACUGGAAAAGGCGAGGAAGGAAGCAGUCACUGAUGGCAUGAAGAGAGCUCUGAAAUGUUUUGGUAAUGCUCUUGGUAACUGCAUCUUGGAUAAAGAAUACCUCCUAGCCAUUAACAAGAUCCCCAAGCAGCCACCACCUCCUCUAGAUCCAGCCCGGACUAAGCGUACUGAAGGUGAGCCAUCGGUGGAGAAGGCCCGGUUUGGCAGUCUGCUUCGAGAGGACAGUCUUAUAUCAGCACCAGUUCCUGUCAGGACGCCGCUGGAGCCCAGAAUCAUCAACCAGAAUCAGAGUCAUUCAGAAGUUCACACUCCCAAUGCUCCCGACCCUGCACCUGGCACAAAGAGUGAGAACAUCAGCUCCAGGUCAGAAACACACACAGACCCUAAACAGCUGAGAAAACUCAGACAGCAGCAGCUUCAGCAGAAGUUCAGGAGAGAGAUGGAGGCCAAGAAGCUGCAGCAGAAGCAAGACCGAGCCAAAUCUGAGGAGGCAGAGGUCACUAUAGGACAAGGAUCCAGUGAAGGUGCUGAAGCUGAACUCAGGAAGUCCACCAGCAGCAGAGAUGUGUAUUUAGCAGAUGACCCUGAGCUCUGGGAUUUCACUCUUUAUGGGAUUGAGGAUCUGGAUGUCCCUGCGGCUGCCCCUUCGCCCAGAGGAACCCGGCCCAGCACGCCUGGGAAUCAUCAGAUGCAGACGCGUAGUAAAACCCCUCAGAGGACCGCGGACAGGCCACCAGAGGCCCGGCCAAACAGCAGAGGACAGGAGCAGGCUCAGUACAGACCUCAGCAGCAGAACCAGUAUCAGGGCAGACCAGGUGAAGCCUCGAGUCCAUACAGACAAGGACAGUUCAUGAAAAAACGCAGGCUGGACACCUGACAUCCAGCCACUAUUUUGCUUUUACUUCACUUUGUACAUUUUAAAUUGUAAAGAAUUGCUGCUUUAUAUACAUCUGGAUACAUGUUUUCUUAUUUUGUUAAAAAAUAAAAACAUAACCAAACUAGGAAUCCUGCCAGAUUUAUUUGAAAAAGUGAAAUUUAAUUUCAGAUGACACAAUGAAAUGACUUUUGAUACAUAACUUCUUAAUUAUCUUUAGAAUGUAGCCAUUUGUUCAUAUUGAAAAAUGACUUUGUUUAAAAACAAAAAUCAAACCUCUACGUAACAAAAACUAACCAUGAUCAAAUUUUUGAAAAACACACAUAAACGUGCCUUUUACCUGAUUUAUCUUUUAUUUUUUUUUUAAGUUUUGUACAAUGUGAAAAACAUACACAAAACAGACACUGGAUCACAGGAAGUCAGUAAGGAGGGAUCAGAAAUAAGAGUAUAACUGCGUGUCAGUAGGCUCAAACAGUACUGUAGAGAUCUGUGAUAAUUACUGAUAUAGCAGAGUAGCGUAUGGAUGUUAAAUUCUUGUGGGGAGCUUGUGCUGUACAGUGGUGCACUGGCUGCCAUUUGUAAGAUUAAACACCAGUAAAGCCGGCAUGCAGAACUCAUACGCUGAUAGUCUCAUACUGAAGUUGUGCCUGUGAUAUUAAUGAAUAGCAAUUGAGCAGAUCAACACUCAUAAAAAGGCAAAUAAUAAAAAAAACAAAACAAAUAAUCCAAUAUCAAAAACAUUGAAAUCCGUAACAACCCUCAUCAGCAUGCAAAUGUGUCCAAUACCCCUCAGUCCCUACAAAACUUUGAACAUUGCAUAUUCUGCAUUGCAGUAACUUAUUUUUUUCUCUAGAGAAGUUCAACUAUUCAUUCAAUCUACAAGCAGGCAAAAAAACCAAAAAUCACGAUGACAGCAUGGCACUCGUGAGGUGGCGAGAUAGAAGUAGGGUUAGCGCGACAGGGUUUUAAACCUUUGCGCAGCUCGCUCACUGCCCAAACAAGUUCUUCUAUGAAAAGGUUUAAUGAUAAAUCUGGAAAAACAAAUACCGGCCAAACCCACGUACACGUGUGCCAAAUACAAAUACACAGCUGAUCGAACAACCAACACAAAGGUAACUGUAGAGAGGAAAGAAACUGUCCACUUUACUCAGUGUGCUCUUUGUCCUGCGUGCGGCGCCUACCUCAGUUUCGCAUGCUCUGAGCUGGCUGCAUCUGUUGGUGUUUAAACUGUAUACUGGUUUAAUAAACUGGUUUUCUGUAAUACAGUCACAGCUACAGGACUGGAUGGAUCUGGAACUUCUCAUUAGUGAGGAUGCAAGGCACUAAAGUGUUCCUCAUGUUUACAGGUUAGAGUGCAUGUGCAUUUAGAAUGGGUCACAAUGAACAUACUCUAGUGAGAGCAAACUGAAAGCAUUUACCUCACAAUUAUAUUUACAAUAAGAAAAAAAGCCGAAAAAAGGAGGGGGGCAGGGCAGUCAUAAAGAGACAAGCUUAAUAAACUGCAGGAUUAUUCCUGCAUGGUCAGUAUGAUACCAAUAACAACCCUGCAAUUGCACUUUUUUUUUAAUAUUCCUUUACAUGUUGUUUAACAACCUUUAAUAAUAAUUACAGUGAAACAACAUCAAAAUCUGAUGGCUGAAUACAAGUCCAUAAAGAACGUUGUUGUUUAUUAAAUAUACGCAUACAAAAAACAGACCACAGAAAGAGAGAACCCCAGACACUUGUGAUUUCAGAGGCCACAGCUAGAUGUUAUGGGUAAAAAUAUUUUGGGACGUAUGAGAUCAGUAACAAGCUGUUUAUACAUGUACUGUGCACCAUCCGAGUAGAAAAGAAAAAUGGAUUAAGAAGUGGUCUCGCUCCCCUCAAGAGUGUGAAACCCUCAAAUACUAUCCUGACAAAACUCUUACUUUGUAUGAUAUGAUAAGCAGAUUCUGAACUGCACAUAUCUCACAGCUAAGCACUAAGUGAAGUGGUUUAAUGUGUCCCUUACAAAAAAAAAAAA